AUGGGGACUAACGGAAACGGUCGCCGUAGUGGUACAAAAUUGCCCGACAUGCGUCGCCCCAUGGAAGAAGGAGACUGUGUCAACGACAUGGAUAGCCCUGAAUUAGAUUUUGUGUACGACGAUUGUGAUUCGCAAAUCAAUGAAAUAGCUGAACUUUAUAGCUACACCGAACAUCCAGAAUUUCAACUUAAUGUGAAAGCGUUUGAAGACAUAAUGGAAGAAUUCAAUUUACCACCAAGCUGGCAAAGACUAACGUUAGCACAACAGCGAACCGUAGUUAUGAAACUAUUAGAGCACUUGGAUCUUGCAGUAAGUGACAUCCGUAUGCGAGCUGCACGGUGCAUUCUUUAUUUGGCACAGGGAUGUUGGGCAGAAAUGCAGUCUGAUGCAGAACAGGCGCAUUGGGCACGUAUUAAUAUUAUGACCCUUUACGACAUGGGAACUUUUGCAGCAUUCAUUGAAUUAUUGAAUCUUGAAAUAGUUAGAAGUAGUUCUGCAAUGGCUUCGAGAAAAAUUGCUGAAUCCCUGCCAGAUUCGACAAACCUUCGUGUUAUACUAUCAGUUUUAUAUUUAAUUACAGAACACAUGAGAACAGAAAAAGAGAAUCCUGAUUCAGAAUAUUCUUAUUUGGUAAAGAACUUCAAAGAAGAACUUGGUACUCCAUUUGGUGAUGAACUUUUACCUGUGAAACUACUGAGUAUGGUUACACACCUCUGUGCCGGUACAACUCCAUACUUUCCAAUGAAAAAAGUCCUUUUAUUGUUAUGGAAAGUGUUACUUGUAUAUUUAGGUGGUUCUAAACAACUUAAGGAAAGAAAAGCUAAACUACGUGAAAAAUAUGGAUUAUCCCCUAUUACAGAAGAUACUCUGGAAAUUAUAAAAGGAAUGCGGGCUAGUUCUCCUCCACCUAGUGCUGCCGAUAUGCUGGAAAAUCAAAAUCCUGGACAAAGAAAAUUAAAAGAAAAUGAAAGAGCCCUACGCAGACAAACCUUUAUGAAACAAACAUCACUUGAUGAAUCUGAUGAACAAAUUUUUGUUGACAAAGAAGAAACUGGUAAUGGUUCAGAAGAUUAUCCAAUGGAAUUCCAGUCUAUGCCUGCAGAUAAUAUGCAAAAUAAUAACUCAAAUCAAAACUGCCCUUACUAUAUGUAUUUUAAACAAUUUGAUAGUCCUCCACCACCUCCCCCGUUGCCUAGAAGCCUACCCUGGCAGUCUAAAGUUCGCCAAAAGGACAUUGAUAUGUUCCUAGAUAAUGUAAGAAUCAAAUUUGUUGGGUAUUCACUUCCAGGUGAUAGGCAGACAGUAGCUGGACUCCCACAGCCAAUACAUGAAGGGGUUGAAAUACUGAAAAAACAUAUGUACACAAGUCUCUCAGAAAUACAAGCUGAGCGGGAAAUUGAGAUAGCAAGGAGCCCUCUUACUAAAGGGGAAAAGGAAGUUGAAGAAACUGAAGCUGAGAUCUUAUACAGGGCUAUGCUUCCAAAUUUACCACAAUAUAUGAUUGCUCUAUUAAAAAUUCUGUUGGCGGCUGCACCAACAUCUACUGCUAAGACAUAUUCUAUUAACAUUAUGGCUGACCUAUUGCCUGAAGAAAUGCCAGUCACUGUUCUGCAGUCAUUGAAGCUUGGUAUUGAUGUAAACCGACAUAAAGAAAUUAUAGUCAAAGCUGUCACAGCAAUACUAUUGCUACUUCUAAAACAUUUCAAAAUUAACCAUGUUUAUCAAUUUGAAUUUAUGUCCCAACAUUUGGUAUACGCUAAUUGCAUGCCAUUAGUUUUAAAGUUUUUCAAUCAAGAUACACUAUCAUAUGUUAGUGCCAAAAAUACUAUUCCCAUUUUUGAUUUUCCUGCUUGUGUCAUUGGAGAGCAACCAGAAUUAACUAAGGAGUGUCUGGAUAUUGGAGAUUCAUCAGUACCCUAUUCUUGGAGGAAUGUUUUCUCUUGUAUUAAUUUGUUAAGAAUUUUAAACAAGCUGACAAAAUGGAAGAAUGCACGAAUUAUGAUGCUUGUGGUAUUUAAAAGUGCACCAAUAUUAAAACGUACUCUCAAAGUCAGGCAUGCAUUAAUGCAGUUUUAUGUUUUAAAAUUGUUGAAAAUGCAAACAAAGUAUUUGGGUAGGCAGUGGAGAAAAACAAAUAUGAAAACGAUUAGUGCUAUUUAUUCUAAAGUUCGGCAUAGACUAAAUGAUGACUGGGCUUUUGGGAAUGACGUUGACGCAAGACCGUGGGACUUCCAAGAGGAAGAAUGUGCACUAAGGGCAAGUGUUGACCGUUUCAAUCAUAGGAGAUAUGGUACAGGGGGAGAACAAGAAGUUGAUUUGACUCCUCUUGAUACUGAUAUUAACAGUGUACUUGAAACAAAUAUUGAACUUGAUGACGAAUUCAAAGACAAUUAUGAGUUAUGGUUAGAACAAGAGGUCUAUAACAAUGAGAUAAAUUGGGAUGUAUUACUGUCCACAUGA